AUGUAAUGUUAUUCAUGUUCAAUAGAAUUAUUAAAGCCAAAGUUGAAUUCUAUUUCUAAUAUUAAGGAUAAACUACUUUAAAUUACUCAAUUAUCCAAUAUAAACAGCCAAUAAAAACUAAUUAGAACACCAUCAAAUACAAUAUAUCUCUUAAGUUCUUUAUAAGAAAUUUAAAGUAAUAUAAAUUUAAGGAAGGUUACUCUAUCUGAUACAAAAUUAAAUACCCUUAAUUUUUUUAAUUCGAAUUUAAACAAAACUAAGUUCAGGAAUGUAUCAAUUUAAUCCUGCAAUUUCACCUGUACAAAAAUUAAAUAAGCUAAAUGGGAAAAUAUAAUUUUAACGAGAAAUAAACUUUGA